GAUGUUUUAGAUAGUGUAAAUCAAAGGCGAGACGCAGUCGAUAGAAGGCUCAACGAGAACGUGGUGUUUCUUGGUCGUUGAUUUUGGGAACUCCACAAGUCCUACCGGUAAUAAUUGCACACGUGGCAGGCAGGGACGAUUGGAUGAAGAAUGAUCCACAGGUUUCGGUGGGUCCCAGAAGAAAAAUGUUAUGGUGUUGGAAGAGAAGAUAAGGGGAGGGGAGGUGGUGGAAGAGAAAAGAAGCGAGGAAGAGAGAAAUGGUAUUUGUGGGUGCGAUUGCUGCUGCGGCAAUGGUUUUUUCGUCAGCUGUUCAAUCCCCAGACACGGAAACUCUCUCCAACAUACCUCAAACGCUAUCAGAGAAAUGAGUACACAGGGGAAGACGGAAAGCCGGCAAGGAUACAACGUCCAAAGUCAAGGAAGGCGGAGUCGUGUACCGUUAAAUGCGUCACCACAUGCAUCCGAGGGGGUGCUGGCUCCCCUGGUGAAGGCCCUCUCAAUGCCCGAAGGCCUCUCGUUGUUUUCAAGGAGGGGUUUCGAAGCCGUCAAUAUUGUCUGGUAGAGUGUUCAGAUAUUUGUAAUCUAAUCAAGGAUGGCGAUGAUGGGCCCUGAAAACAAAAUUGAUGGAACAGAAACCUCCAAGAUCAUUUGUUCAAGUUACUAACUUUUAUGUAUGGCCCCAAAUUCUGAACAGACUAGAAAGAUUAAUAGCUUCAUAUGUUGGGACAACAGGAUUACUGUCUUCAUAUGGUAAUGGAAGGAGGGGUCAAUGAGCUUCUUGUUUUUUUUUUUUUUUCUUGCUCUUUUGAGAGAGAGAGAUUGAAUAUUCUUGACACCAAGGGAGGAAAGAUACCAUAACU